CAGCGUAUGACGUAGGAGCAACUGAGGAGUCAUCCCUCCACAUGUCGUGUGUAUCUUUGCAGAUCAUAUUUUCGAGUAAACAACCUUUAACAGAUUCGAUCGGGGGGAGCCAACAUAAUCAGUCCCACAAAUUAUCUCCUAAACUGAGAACAUUGACAGGACUCUUCUUUGGGUCCUUGCUCUCCACAACAGCUGUUUGAUAUGGCAACUUCAUCCCCAAGGUUCACGUGGUGUGAUUGUCGCAAACACAAGAUUCCUGUCAAAGACACCCAUGAGCUGUGCCUGCACUGUCUGGGCAUCCAGCAUGCCAAGGAGGCUGUGCUGGAGUACGGCAAAUGCCCGCACUGUGCCAAGAUGGACUGGAGCACCUGCAUCAACCGCCUCACUAAAGUUCAGGAGAUAAUGCACCGCGAGAGCCAGCAGAGGAAGCACGAGGCAGCACAGUCUGAAGUUCAGCCCAAACCUGAGACCACUUCAGCUCCCAUCAAGGAACCAAAACCGGAAGAAAAUACAGUCCCCACCCUGCCCCCACAUCGGCUCUCUGCUUCCACACCAGCCCAUUCCUCCACCAUGCCAGUGUUGUUCACCAUCCUCUCCCCACCCCCAGCGCAGGCAGGGGACAAUUUGAGCAUCCCAAAAGGCACUUUUCUCUCACAACUUGCUAUUCAGCAGUCAGCUGACUCCACCCCAUCCUUGAGCCAAUCAGGUUCCAACAUGCUGACCUCCAGCUCCUGUAAACGACACGGUUUCUCAUCGUGCUGCUCCAAACGCUCCAAACGAAGCCGCGGUAGUCACAGGCGGAGACGCUCUCCCUCCUCCUCCUCUUCCUCUUCAGGCUGGACCUCUGAUGAAGAUGAUUCCUGCCCCUCUGGAAAGGGAAGGAGGUCUCAGAGGGAGUCGCGGCAAGCUGUCCGGUCAGAGAGGAGGCACGGGGAGCUGGUGGAGGUUGUUCAACAGGCCGUUCAGCUACAGUGGGCUGUUCUGGAGAAGCGCAUUGAGGCUCUGGAGAGGAGAGGUGCUGAGGCUGUUGUGUCUUUCCCCACUCCAGCCCAAACUAUACAUCUUCACGCCUCCAUCCCUCUGGCAUCCACCUCGUCUCAGGAGGGCAACCAGAGAGAUUUAUCCUGCCCUGUCAGCGAGCAGCUAGUGAUGGAAUCUAUGUCCGGUACCAUUGUGAAACAGGAAGAGGAGCCUUCCUCCAUUUCGUUUGCCUUGAGACCUCUCAGUGAUGGACACCGUGAAGGGGAGGACGCCUCUCAGUCAACUGAGGGUCCUAUCUCUAAACAGGACUUACUGGAAGCUAUGGAGCUUCAGAGCCUCAUGGCACGUGCUGCCAAGUAUCUUGGUAUAGACUUUCCCAGCACACCAACCAGCCUCAGCCCACCAGACCCCACAAUGGUGCCGGAGUUUGAGGACCUGGUCCAGAGCUCUUGGCCAAACCCUGCCAGCUCGAAACCGUACAGGGAGCUUUUCUCUAAGAUGUACAGGCUUCACGACUGCCAGUCUCCAGCCUAUGACCAGAUGCCCCAGGUCAACUGCUUCAUGUCGGCCAUCUUCCAGGCGGUGAAGCCCACAGAGAACAAGGAGGCGCCGGUGCCAGCUGAGCGAUGGCGUUUCACUGAGACUCUAGUAGAGAGGAUGUACCAGACUGCUGGCAUGCUUGCCAAGACGGCCAACUACCUGCGCUACCUAUCAGACUACCAGAGGAGGCUUCUGCUGGAGAUCACUGAGGAUUGUCCAGCACAGCGUUUUAUGGCGGCCCUUAACGAGCUGAAGCUCAUUGGCCAGUUCACCCUCCAGCUGUCCUCCCACCAAGCUGAACUGUCUGGAAGAGUCAUGGCUGCUUCUGUAGCCAUCCGAAGACAGGUCUGGAUGGCUAAGACCAACUACACAGACUCUCUGAAAGCCACUGUGGCAGACCUUCCAUUUGUGGUCAGUCACACCUUUGGGGUUAGCUCAGCCUCUGGCCCUAGCUCGACUGGAAUGGUGUGCAAACAGGAACCGUUGUAAAGGCUACAUUUGUUACAUGUACAAAAAGUGUGAGAAGUACGAACUUUUACCUGUGCUGAAUUGGGUUGAGGCCACUAAAUGGUUCACUUGUAGACAUGUAAAUAUAAUAUGGAAAUAUUCUUUAUAGUCUUAUUGCACUCCAGUUCAAUACACCUUUUGAUAGAAUGUUUUUUUUUUUAAAUCUAGGAAUUUUGCAACUGUUUUUGAACAAAGGUAGCAUAGUAUCUGUCUUGACUGCAUUACUGUACUUUUGACUGCGUGUUUGCUAAACUUCUUCAGAGGUUAUGUUGAAAGUAAGUUUCUUGUUUAUUAUGAGACUUAGUGCCUUCAGAAAGUAUUCACACCGCUUGACUUUUUCCACAUUUUGUUUUACAGCCUGAAUUUUAAAAUGGAUUACUUUGACAUUUUGUUUCACUGACCUCUACACAAUAUCCCAUAAUGUCAAAGUGGAUUUAAUCUUUUUUUCUUCUUUUUUUACAAAUUCAUAAAAAAAUGAAAGCUGAAAUGUCUUGAGUCAAUUAAGUACUCAACCCCUUAGUUAUAGCAACCCUAAAUAAGUUCAGGACUAAUACGUUGCAUGGAUUCACUCUGUGUGCAAUACGUGUUUUAACAUUAGUUUUGAAUGACUACCUCAUCUCUGUACCUCACACAUACAAUUAUCUGUAAGGUCCCUUAGUCGAGCAGUACAUUUCUAACACAGAUUCAACCACAAAGACCAGCGAGGUUUUUCAAUAUAAAAAUAAAUACAUGUAAAUACUUUCUGAAGACACUGUAUGAUCGAUAUCAUCUAUUAUUUUUCUGUCCUCUACCUCACUCUUCUGCAGAAGUUAUGUUAUUGCAUAAAAAGUAUAAUAAAAGUGCACAAAUAUUA